AGAGGAGCGAGAGGUCCGAGAGACAGUACGGACUGAAAGUGAGCAGGAGGCCAAUCUCUGGUAAAUUCUCUGAUAAGAGAAAAUUCAAAGGAUAUAUGCUGGCAUGGAUGCAAAGGAGUUCACGGGGAUCACGUUCGAAAACCGUUCCGGUGUCUUCAACUCUCUCAAGCGUACCAAGAUAAGAAGGACUUCACUCAAUUCAGAUGGACCGGGCGGACUUUACACGAAGCUCUCGCCGGACGGUUCCCCACCACCGAGCCAGGAGCCUCGCGCCCGUCAGUUCCAGGUAUGCAGUCAGGCUAAGAUGGCGAACGUCCCCUGGCCCAACAGCAAGGAUGACUACGAACUCAAGGAGGUGAUAGGUGUCGGCGCGACGGCCGUCGUACACGGCGCCUUCUGCAAGCCGAGGGAGGAGAAAUGCGCCAUCAAGAGGAUCAACCUGGAAAAAUGGAACACGAGCAUGGACGAACUUCUGAAGGAGAUCCAGGCGAUGUCGUCGUGCAAUCACGAGAACGUCGUCACAUAUUAUACGAGCUUCGUCGUACGGGAGGAACUUUGGCUUGUACUACGUCUACUCGAAGGCGGAUCUCUCCUCGACAUAAUCAAGCAUAAGAUGCGUUCCGCCAACUGCCGCCACGGGGUCUUCGACGAGUCGACCAUUGCCACCGUCCUCAAAGAGGUGCUCAAAGGCCUUGAGUACUUCCACAGCAAUGGACAAAUACACAGGGACAUCAAGGCGGGGAAUAUUUUACUCGGCGAGGACGGCACAGUGCAAAUAGCCGAUUUCGGCGUGAGUGCCUGGCUCGCAACCGGGCGGGACUUGUCCAGGCAGAAGGUACGCCACACUUUCGUUGGUACGCCUUGUUGGAUGGCACCUGAGGUUAUGGAGCAGGAUCACGGUUACGACUUCAAAGCCGAUAUCUGGUCAUUCGGGAUCACGGCGAUUGAGAUGGCGACAGGCACGGCACCAUACCACAAGUACCCGCCUAUGAAGGUGCUCAUGCUUACGCUUCAGAACGAGCCACCUACACUCGACACAGGUGCAGAGGAGAAGGACCAGUACCGGGCAUAUGGGAAGACUUUCCGUCGCAUGAUCAUCGACUGCCUACAGAAAGACCCUGCCAAACGACCUACGGCCACCGAACUUCUAAAGCACCCGUUCUUCAAGAAGGCCAAGGACAGGAAGUACCUUCAGCAGACGCUUGUAGCAAUUGGGCCUAGCUUGGAGACGAGGGUGCAGAAAGCAGCGAAACGUCAGCCUGGCACGUCAGGCAGGCUGCACCGUACGGUGACCGGUGAGUGGGUUUGGUCUUCCGAGGAAGAAGGUGGACUUUCAAGCGAUGAAGAGGGAACUGAAAAACCGAUGAACAACUUGGAGGAAGGCUCUUCAGGGAGUGAGAAGGACCUGACUGAAUCAGAAGGCGUAUCACCAUUGAACCUCGUCCUUCGUAUGAGGGUACCGAAUUUGUGCUGUAACAUUGUACUGCCAACGCAUUUGAAUGCCAAGAGGGAGCUGAACGACAUCAGGUUCGAGUUUGCCGUCGGUAAGGAUUCGGCAGAGGGUAUUGCGGCCGAAAUGGUAGGCGCGGGUCUUGUUGACCCACGCGACAUGAUCGUAAUCGCCACCAACCUGCAGAAGCUGAUCGAGACCCAGGGGACCAAUUCAGUCACGUUCCAGCUUAAUUCUGGUAUAGCGCCGAAUGAGACUAUGAGUGAUGUGGCGCUCAUCGGCUUUGCGGCCAUCUCGAUACUCGAAUAAAACUGGCCUCGGAGCUCUCCUUUGCCCCUGCACCGCAAAAAACCAGCCGACUAACAAAUUAUAAAAAAUAAAAUAAAUGGAUAAUAAAAAAAACUGGGGGAAAAUUAGGAACAAUUGAUUUUUCUUAGAUUUAAAUUGUAAAUAAACGGAAAAACAAUUUUUAGUGUCUUUGCCGUAUAUUAGACAAUUUUUAGUAGAGGAGAAACAAAAAAAAUUUUUUUUAAAAUAAUUUCUAAAAUUACGAAUCACAGCCUCAUGCCAAAACAAAUUAAUUCACAUACACACUCUGUCUAGGAAGGACUUUAAAAAAAACGUUCUUGUGAAUAUUCAUUGCAAUAAUGAUCAACUCCCAAGGACACCUGGAACUGACGACUUCUAUUCAGUGAAAAUUUAUUUAUUUUACUUCUAUUUUUAAUUUUAUUUCCUCAUUAUCCAACUAAAAAGGGCAAGGCUUAUAUAAAAAUAAUUUAAAUAAUAUAUUUAUGUUGUUUUUUGUUGUUGUUUUUGUUUUGUUUUUGUUAAAAAAAAAAAAAAUGGACAAAAUCUAUGGAAUAAUACACUAGUCAGUUGAUUUUUUGGAAGCUCUAACAAAAACAGAAAAAAAAUGUAUAAAUAAUAUUUUUAAAAAAAUUCUCUGGCCUUUAUGACCGAUUAAUUGAUUAAUAUUAAUGAUAAUUUAUAAAAUUAUAUUUUAAAUGUACUUAAUUAAUUUAUGUGUCAUGUGUGUAAAUAUUCUGUUUUAUAGGUAAAAAUGCAAAACGAAAAGGUAAAAGAAAAUAAUAAAUAAAUAAAACUGGGCCCUCUGCUUUUAAUAAAGACCGAAACCCUUGGUUCACAAAGGAUCUGAACUUA